AUGGAUGUAACAGCUGAGUAUAUCAAGGCGCAGAUGAGAAUAGCCACUGCUCGGAAUCUCUUUCAAUUGGGCUUCGUUGGAUCCAGUAUGUCCUGUGUAGACGCUUUGACGGAUAUUACCAGCCUUUAUAUGAGAAAAGUUGCUGAUUGGGUGCAGAAAUGUGCAGAGCAUUGCGGACGUGAUCAGCCGUCUAUUAAUGACGUUAAAACUGCAUACAGGAUAAUGAAAAUAAGCGAACGUGAGCUUUAUGAAUAUUUGAGGCAAGUUCGAUCGCUAGAGGAAUAUGAUUCGGCACCCAAGUUUCCUGUGAAAACCCUGAAGCCUAAUUACUCCGUUAACAUAAAAGUUCCCGAUGUGGAACUUGACCCGUCAGACGUGGAGGAAGAAAGCCACUGCAGCGGAGAAACAACAACAUCAGGCCUGAAACCAUUACCUGAUUUUUCGGAGGCAACUGCUUAUUCGUUAGGGUAUAUUGAGUUUGAAAAUAUCGGGCUUUCUCAUGUUCCAUGCGGUUUUGAUUACAACUUUAUUACCCUGUUUCAAAUCAAACAGCUUACUCCGGAUUCUUCUCCUACGGCUCACGCUCAUACGGAAACGGACAAUACGCAACACCACCCCAAAGAAUUCGAAGAGAGCAUCGUAGCGGUUGAGGAUACUUCGAAUGCAGAUUGGAUACCGUUCUCUACUGCUCUUAAUGUGCUCGAGCGCCUUCCUAAAACAGAAUCACGAAUUUUCAUACGAUUUCCUUCAGAUCAUCCUGAACAAGUCCAUGAAAAACUGGACGUUCCGGGGGCUGGUACGAAACAGAAACGAAAAAGGAAUAAGGUUACCGCAAAAAGCCGCCGCCCGAGAAAGCCAUCGGCCAGUCAUAGCGCUGUUAAGUUACCUGAGGCGGCUAAAAAAGUUGACUCCGUUGAGCAAUGGGAAGAGAAGUCCGACAGUAAAACGGAACAUAGCAGCACGCGGGAAAACGAAAAUGAUUCUGCCUCAGUGCCUCAUAUUGCUGAGAAACUCGGAGAUCAGUCCUCGGAAAAGGCUCAAGAUCAACGAAAAGUACCACCAAUUCGAAUCAGAUUCUCGACUCACGGGCCCUACAUUGUGGACGAAGCCUGUUCAAACCAAAAUCUUGCCGUGCUAGUACGCAGAAGUCAACUUAUGGCUCUCUUGCCACAGAAUCAUAAGGCAAAAAUAGAUGUCGAAACUAGAAGAGGCAAAGCGUCCAACAAAAACGUUUUACCGGAACCGCAUGAGACCCAGCGCACUACUAGAAGCGCUACCAAGAAGCAAGAGAGUGCUCGUUGCAAAAAAGCAGUUCCAUCGUUCCCCUACCUUGCAUCGGAUUUGAUGAGAAAUUCUUAUGCUGUGCUGACAGCUUGCAUGUCGGGUCGAGCGUUUCCUACAUUAUCCGAUUCAACAGAAGCGCCACAAGAUUCAGAAAUUCAUGUCGAUGACUCUUCCUCAGAAAAUGUGGUUGAUGAGGUUAUUUGGAGAGGCCUCUUCGGCCAGCAUGGCAUUAUUACGAUGAGGAACGAAGAGGUGCUCCACCAAACAGAUGAGUCCGCCCGUGACAGAGAGGAUCCCGAUGCUACCAGUAGCGAAUUUUCGAGCGACGAAGGUGAGCGCCAUUGUAUACGAGUCUUCGAGGCUUUUUUGGAUUAG